AGCUACUAGUAUGUCCGCGUGUUGGGCUCUGUUUUGUUGGCAAACAUGUCGAAAACAGUGUUUGUAACAGUUGGAACAACAACGUUUCAUGCACUCACAAAGACAACAUCAUCGAGGCGCCUUUGCAAGAUAUUCAAGACACUUGGUUACAACAAGCUGACAUUGCAGACUGGAAGAAUAGAUUUUGAUAUUGAAGACAGCGAAGUGGAUGAUUUUACAGUGGAACAUUUCGACUACAAAAACUCCAUUGCUGAGGACAUUCAAGGAGCUUCCCUUGUCAUAAGUCAUGCAGGUGCGGGGAGUGUCCUGGACGUCCUGGGGGCAGGGAAGCCCCUGCUUGUGGUCAUCAAUGAGGAGUUGCAGGGAAACCACCAGAUAGAGCUGGCACAUCAGCUGGCCAUGGACGGACACCUGUACUAUUGCACCUGCAGCUCAUUGUGUGAGAAACUACAAUCGUGUGACUUCUCCACGUUGAAACCACUCCCCCCUGGUAAACCUGAAAACUUUGCAACAUUUCUGGAUUCAGCUUUGGGAUUUUCAUGACAGUAAUUAAACUGUAUUUAUUUCA